UGAAUCGGAGACCGUCGUCGCGUGUCACCGCCUCAAGCUGCUCCUUCGCUUGUAACGGAAGGAGGGGCCCAGCUCUGAUGUCUCCUUCUUAACAGUUAGCGUGACCCAGGUACCCGAUCUGGCAGUCGGUUGGAGGUAUCGGCAUGUGGAUUUGUGUUUUCUCUGAGUGCAGUGUUAAGAGACAACAAAGGCCAUCUAAGACAUCAGGAUAACAUUCACAUAUAUAAUCCAGGGCCAGGAGGAAGCAUUGCAGCAGGCGGCGGGAGACAUACGCAGUAUUUUUUUUCCUGGCCAGACUUUCACUGGCGUCGGGACGAGCUGCUGUCGUCUGGUCAGACUGUCACGUCGCGCUGAGUCAUGGAUUAUCUUGAUCGGGUAGACCAAAGAGCGGGUGGGCGUGUGACUUGCUGAGCUAAGAGAAGGCGCGACGGCUGAUCGUGGAAAAGCUGCCUGCUUCCCAGGUAGGCGAGCCCGAUCACCGUGACGUCAUUCACCUGGCCCCGUGUAGUUAAAAAAAAAAAAAAAAAGCGUUGGGCAAAUAGAGAAGCUUGCACCUCGUAGUCUGAAGGAAAAGCGACACGUUGGCAGUGUUGGAUUAGACGAAACCAUACGACAAGACGCGCAAAACUGUGUUCGCAAUCCGUCUGCGUGCGCACGUGGCCUGCUUUUGCAUCGGGCAGGCGUACGUACGCUUGUGUGACGUUUGUGUCCAGGGGAGUGAAUUAUCAAAAUAACCGAUCCCCUGGCUCACCACACGUCGGGAAUGAUGUGUACGGCGGUGACACAUACUGGCGCAGUUUGAGAGCGACUGCUGCUGUGUUGGCAUCUUUAUGAAAGGCCACCCGCCAAGUCACCCUGUCUCCUAAGAGUGUAACAUUUGAACCUUUAUCGGAAGUCAUUUGUGGAUCGAUAGCUGACUUAAUUGUCCCAGUAAUUACAAACAUUUUGGUCGUAUGACGUGUACAACGGACAGAAAAAUAACGAAACAUAUGAGUACAGGUGAAGUCUAAUGACUGAUGUCUUUCGGCAACUUUUAAUUUUUAUAUUGACCUGAUCGAUUUGCUGAUUUGACAGCUCACUGCAAGACCCUUAUUACAAUUACUAGUACUCUAAGGACAAUGGUAAAAUCAGUUUUAGUGAAAAUGGAGUUCUUUACCACUAUUUGUUCAACAACGCCUGACAGCACCAUGCAGCUAUGAUCUUAUAGCCUCAGGUAAAAAGUUAAGAGAUUGUGUAUCACCAGAAAGUGAAGGUUUGAGUGUAGAAUGUCGGACAUUAACAGAAGCAAAGAAAGUGAAAGCUCGGACCAUAGACCUGUUGACCUUUCUAACCUGAUUACCUCAGCCAACCACAAGCAGUACCUUCAGCUUGUGCCCACAACUUCAUUGUCAGAUGAGGAUGAACAGCCUUCAGAGGAACACUUGUAUGACAAUGCGUCAUCUCCUUCCUCACCCUCGUACCAGGACAAGGCAGCAGCUGGGGACUCUGCUGAGCGAGAGCUCCAAAUCAGGGAAUGGCAAGAUGAGCUAGAGAAGGUGGAAGGGGAGAUAAAUAUGCUGCGCCAGGUGCUGGGGAGCAAAGUAAGACGAGCAACAGAGUUGAAACGCAAUUUGGGAAUUACACCAUUUAAAGAAUUUAAACAGGAUCUGCAGUCAGGAAUUCAGCAAAUCAAGGACUCCAGCACGUACCAAAAGACCAAUGAGACCCUUCAUGAGUGGAAUGAAAAACUCACUCACACUUCGGCCUUCCAGAAGACCAGUGCAGUUGUGAAAACUGCAUCAGAAAAAACUUCAUCUGCUCUCUCCACUGUUGGUGCAGUUGUCAGCAAGAAGAUUGGUGAUAUCAAGAAUUCCCAAACAUUCAAGUCCAUGGAAGAGCGUGUAGAGACUGCAUAUGCAAGUGUGAAGACCUCACGAUCAAUAGAAAGUUUGAAGGAUAGACUGCAGUCCAAAGUGACAGGUAGCAAGUCAAUCGAUGACAUUGAUGCAGCCUUCGAAGAUGCUGCAGAAAGCCCCAGUAGUGAAGCAGGUACUCCUGAUGAUAAGGCAGACCCCAGCAGCAUCCCUCCAAAAGACAAUGUCCCACUGUGAAGGGCAUCAAGCUAACAUACUGGCAUAGACUGGACCAAAAUGUCAAGCUUCCUACAAGGCCUAUGAGACUUGAAACAAUAUGGGAUUGUGCACUUCAGAGAUAUAUAUAUAUAAUUUUCUCCUUGUUUCUCCUGUGUGACAAUGUAAGAGGUUGUAUGGGAGGCUAAGCCAUGCACAGAAUUAUUUGUAAUCUGUGAUUUGCUUUGUGUACAUUUCCACUGUGUAGAAUAGGAUUUUAUGCUUCCACCUACAUGCAUGCCCUCCCUGUUGCUUAAGUCUACUUGUAUUAAUACAUACCUGCUGGUUUGUGUACUCCUUCCCCUCAAAUCUGCUUGCUCCAAGAUUGGAAAGGCAGGAUGUGAGAGACAUGACACCUUCAGCAAUGUUUUGCUUAUUACAGACACUUCAGACCAGCAUUGUGCAAUUAAACUUUGUCUUUAAAAUAUCUAUAAAGUGUGGGCAACUGGUUCAGUGCAAAGGAAAGGUCACGUGUGCAAUUUCAGCUAGUCAGUAAGUGGUACUAAGAAAGCUUUGUAUUCAAUUCUAAUAGUUGCUGUGAUUUGCCGUUGUGGGCACCUGAUGUAAUGACAGACCUUUAAAGAGAUUUGACUGUGGUUAAAAAAAAAAAUCAUAGUCAUAACAUCUGGGCAUUAUUUAGCUUGUUGAAUCCAAUGCUUAAUAUAGAACCAAAAUUACAUGGCUGUCUUGCAUUCUUGCUUGUGUGAAACAACUAUUUUAUAAUAGCAGUAGUUUUCUCGAGACAAAAAGUCUCAUAAAUUGAAAGUCUUUUCAAAACAAGACUGAAGGUGUAAAUGCUUCUUAUGUAACUGGACAGCAUGUAACAGGUGUGUAACCUGGUGCAGAUGAGUUAAAGACUGGUUAGGAUGGGAAAGAAUGGUUUUAACUGAGGGAAGGUGAGGAACAUGCUGCUGGAUGCUCUGGUUCCAUUUUAUCAGCCUCAACAAGCAUUGUCACGUCCCUCUCCAUCCUUUUGUGCUGGUAAAAGUAAGGCCUUUGAGCUAGCAGUGGUAAUUCCUGAGAUGCAAGAAGGGUGUCAGUUAUUUCCUUGCAAAUAAUGAAACUUAAGCAAACUUGCAAGUUACACAGUACUCAUGCCAAGGUUAUUUGAAGCACCUUUUAGUUGAUACAACUUCAGAAAAUGUGCUUUGAGUAACUUUUGUGCACCAAGAAUUGAUAGCAAAAUCUAAUUAAACAAAACUAUCAAUUAACAUAAGUUGGAACUAAGAAACCCAAUGAUGUAAAAUGCCAUAAAGAAGGGUUCUCACAUUGCUUGCUAUGCACGAAGGCCCUCCACACUUUUAGCAUGGCUUGCAAGGAUAGAUGGUGGUUCUAUAUUUUGCAAGGUAUGACCUACAUUGCUGUAGCCAAUCACAAUUCUCAGAGAACCUCAAAAUUGUAGCCUGAAAAUGCAGUCUGGAAGAAUCUUACCCAUGUUUACAACCAAGCCCUCACCCCAUGUUCUUUUUUUUUUCUUUGUGCUUCAAGUAAUGGCUAAGUCAGUGGUGACUGAAAGUAUCAUUAAUGUCUGCUAUAUUGCUAACUACCCAUCACCUUGCAAGCCAAUUUCCUUGCUGUAUGAGAACUAUUGCAAGUGAAAUCUUGUUUGCAUGUACGGAC